CCAGUCGCUCGCCGUACGCUCCACGACGUGGCUCGAAAGUGCUGCCUGGCCGAUCGAGAUAAGCGAUGACGACGACGACAGUGAUGUGAUGCCACCCCUCGAUCACGACGCCAGUCGAUCCUGGCCCACGUCGAGACUCGUUGUCGCCCGGAAACGUCGAUAGGCAGUCUGAUCGGGAGCUAGCGAUCGGGGUUUGAUCGUCGAUCGUCGCUCGCCGGAAUCCACAGGUACCUCCGCAAGCGCAUCGUGGAGGCUGACCGCGUAAUCCGCGUGGCGAUUCUCGGGCGGACCGGACUGGACGUUGGCCGUCGCCGCGUCGAUCGAUCGAGAUCGAGAAAGGUGCCGCAAGCGGGAGACUUCCUCGUGGUGGUCGGAUAUUACACACAUACACACGCACAGUGUAAUAACGGGUGUAACGUGUGCUCGUGUGCGUGAUCGUUGCCGCUCCAGAGGAGGAUCGCGAGAGGAUCGGAGAAUCCGGCUGCCGAGGAUCCUGCGAGUUUAGGGCGGGACUCGGAGGAUCUCGGACUGGUCCCAGGGUCGAAGGUGCGCGCGACCGGGGCCGAAUCCGGCGAUCGAUCGUGAUAAUCGCUCGCUUCCGCCGAUCAGUGAUUACCCGUAUGGACCAGCACGCGCGAGCGAGCGAUACUGGACGCGUUUCGUCGGCGCGGGCGCUGUUUCGGCCGCCGCCAGGGGCCAAAUUUCCGGCCAGGAAAUUCGACGUCGAUCGUCGGUGCAGCGAUGCGGCGAAAUUAGCCGGAAGUGCCGGCGGAUCGGAUUAACGUGGCGUCCGGUGCCAUCCGGUUGCUCGAGCGGCUGGCUUGAGCCCGCCGCGGCGAGCUGCCGAGCUACCGAAGGAUCAAAGGACGGCAGCGAGUCAAUCGUAAAAGCAGGUCUGAAAGAGGGAUAAGCCGGUCGGCGUGGGAGGGAGGAGGGGGCAGGUUAGAACGCGGACAACGGAGCCGAGGGGUUGAUCGGAGCCACGUACGUACGAGGGAGGAAGCCCGCCGAGGAACAGGCGGUGGAUUAAGGAACGAUCUCGGCGACGAGGAAGGAGGAGCAUAAGUGCCGUUUUCACGGGGAAUUUAAUAAACUCCCGGGGUCGGUAUAAAAUGCCGCCCCGCGUAUCGGAUACGACGUCGCCGGGGUUUCCGACGCCGUUGCAAAAUAUUUCGGCCGAUCCGCCGACGCUGAAUGGCGCGGCUUAAGACGGCUUCCCGUGUAUACCACCAUCGCGCGGGCUGGGUAAUCGAAACGAUAGUAGACUGAAGAGCCUAGAGAGCGUCUCUCUCCUUUUCCACCCUUUUCUCUUCUCGCUUCGCUCUCUCAUUUCUCUCUCUCUCCCUCUCUUUUUCUCUCUCUCCCCCUUUCUCUUUCUCUCUCUCUCCAACCUUUUUCCGCCCGAUUUUGCCCGUAUUACGUGACACGAGGAGCGCGUCGCCAUGUACGCGUGACAUCAUGUCGACGUCUGUGCGUGACACGACGUCGGGUGCAGAAAGCGGCUACGUACGCGAAAGAGGAAGCGUUGCACGCGCAUUGUGCACGAGGGGUGUCAAUGGAUCGCGAGCGCGAGCCGCGCUCGCGACAGGCUCGCGGAUGCGAGAGCACAUAAGCCGCGUCGUAGUCGCCGCGACGUCGCGGCGCAUCGAUGGAUCAUCAUCGAUCUCGCGCGAGAUCGAUCACCCGCGAACGUGUCCGGGAACGUCCUUCCAUCACGGAUAAUCGUCGUCCAGCUACCGACGGGUUGCUGCCGAGAUGGACGAAAUCCUGGAGGAAGGAUUCAACUGAUACGCGUCUAAGCCGGGGGAUCCUAGAAACUGUGUGACCGGCCGGUCAGAGGGCCGACUAGAAACAGUACCUCUCUUCUUGUUCGCAAAGAGGAUCAAGGAGCCUUAUCGUGCUUGCUACCUAGUCGCGGAAAAAGAAAGGGAAGCCAGGAAAAGAAAGGGACGAAGAAAAGCAACGGGAAGAAAGAAAGGGAGAAAGAGGGAAAGAAAAAGAGAGACGGUGAGGUAGGGCAGGAAACUCUCGAAGGCAGUCGGGGCGGGAGAUAAGUAACCUGGAGAUGUUGGUGAGCGCGGGCAGAAAGAUGGAAUCCCGGGCGAGACGUUCCAAGAUCUCGUGAUUGGUGUCAGCGCCUGGCUGAGGAGAUAAGGUCGACCGAGGACGCGAGGACCGAGCGAAGUGAUGGAGGCGAGAACGAACGAUUCGUUCGUCAGGUCGGUCCUCCGGAACCUCACGCUGACCUCCCGCGAGCGUCGACACCCGGACGAGCCACCUGGGGUUGUAGUGGCCGCCAGCGGCGUCGCCGAUGUCGUCUCCACGACCAUGCAGGACGAGAGGAUGGUGGACCUCCUGGCCGACAGCAUUCCGAGGAACGACAGCGGCGUCGAGGACACCGAUUCGUCGAGCUGGUUCGACGACUCAACGGCGAGCGCCGCUGUCUCGACCUUGUCGGCCUCCUCGCCGUUCGCGGACUCCUCUUCCAUUUCGUACUCCAGCACCCCGAGCACGGACAAUUACACCGGCAUCUCGGACCUGUUCGUUUUCGAGGACCUGAGUGACUACAUCAAUCGACUCAACUACAGCGUCCUCGUGAAUUUGACGGCCUACUACGACGACGGGGCCCUGAACCUCAGCAGCGUGAACUGCACGUCGUCGAUAGUCGCCGGUGCCGGUGAUGUGAGGCCGUCCGAGUGCGGCGCGACCGCCGGCGUCGAGAAAUCGAAUGCGAACAGCUGGUGGGCUCUGAUACUCGUGAUCGUGCCGUGUCUGACGCUGUUCGGUAACGUGCUCGUCAUCCUGGCGGUGGUGAGAGAGCGAGCGCUGCAGACGGUCACCAACUACUUCAUCGUCAGCUUGGCGGUCGCCGAUCUCUUGGUCGCAGUGCUGGUGAUGCCGUUCGCGGUAUAUGUUCUGGUGAAUGGAUCCUGGAGUUUGCCCGGGUUUGUUUGUGACUUUUAUAUCGCGAUGGAUGUAACCUGCAGCACCAGCUCCAUAUUCAAUCUCGUGGCUAUUUCAAUAGACAGAUACAUAGCGGUGACCCAGCCGAUAAAGUACGCGAAGCACAAGAACAAUAGAAGAGUAUGGCUGACGAUAUUGCUGGUCUGGGCGAUAUCGGCCGCGAUCGGCAGCCCGAUUGUCCUAGGCCUGAAUAACACGCCCGAUCGGACACCGGACCAAUGCCUGUUCUACAAUACGGAUUUUAUCAUCUACUCGAGCCUGUCCAGCUUCUACAUACCCUGCAUCAUCAUGGUAUUCCUCUACUAUAACAUAUUCAAGGCUCUACGAAACAGAGCGAAGAAGGCUCGUGCCAGCAGAAAACCGAAUUUAGGCGAUAUAAAGCCAGGAAGCAUUAUCGAGAAUAUCGCACACACGCGCAGUGGGUAUUCUGUGGCAAGGUUCGCGGAAACGGCGCUGGGAGCGGCUGCCCUGGUGGCACCUGGGAUCGAGGAACCGACGAACACCGCUUCCGGCAGCAACGAGGAUGAGGACGAGACGCCUCUCGAUCCCGUUGUCGUCAUCUCCAACGACAAGAGCACGGAAUUCUUCUUAGCCACGGUCGUCGAGGAAGCAGCUUGUCGUUUCAGCGCGGUGGCGCAGGCUCAGCUGAGUGGGACCCAGCACGGCGUGCAGCGGAGCGACUCUUCAGGGUACGACGGCGCAGCGAGUAGCACGAUGAUCCACGAGCCGCUCGAGACGAACUCGAGCCCAAGCCCGAACCCGCGGAUCACCUCGGGUCCGCCGUCCUCUUCGACCUCGUCGUCGCCGCCGCCGCCGCGCGGCGGUACUAGCGUGUCCUCGGCGACCCAGACGAAGAAGAACGGCAGCAACAAUGGCGGUGCGAGCAAGCAGGAGCUGAAGAGGCUGAAGAGUGCCGGCUCGCUGCUGCCGCUGCAGCUGGCCAGGACGCCGAGCGUGCUAUCGUCCUCCGGCAAGAAGGACCGCAAGAACGCGUCGUCCGGGUCAAGGUUCACGAUAUACAAGGCCAACAAGGCCAGCAAGAAGAAGAGGGAGAAGAGCUCGGCCAAGAAGGAGCGCAAGGCCACCAAGACCCUUGCGAUCGUGUUAGGUGUCUUUCUGAUAUGCUGGGUGCCCUUCUUUACUUGCAAUAUCAUGGACGCGAUCUGCACGAAGCUGAUGAAGGACUGUCAGCCCGGUGUGACAGCGUUCAUCGUUACCUCCUGGUUGGGCUACAUGAACAGCUUCGUGAAUCCCGUAAUAUACACUGUGUUCAACCCCGAAUUCCGUAAGGCCUUCCGCAAGCUGAUCAGCGUGUAAGCGAGCGACUCGUCCCUCCCCAAAGAAGAGACACGGGACGACAAACGUGACUCAAGUGUGAAUCGUCGUAUUUGUGAUGUAACAACGAGGCGGUAGGCUCUCGGUAAGCUCGCAACAGGUACUGUCGUCCCCGUAUUUGGAAUCGCGGCAGCUGCGUUUGCGUAUCGGUUUUCGCGUGCCAUUGCGCGUCAAUCGUUUCCGAGUGAAAGAGAAAAGCCCCGGCGGAGCAUCGUCCGCAUUCUCAACUCGAGACGUAUCCCCACGAUACGGGUGAAGAACGGCAAGCAUCGCAUCUUCGGUAGCCGCAACUUCGUUUCCGCGAUGCCCGCGCGAGACUUCACUGUGGAGAAUAUGACGAAAGUAGCGUGCAAAUGAAAAUUUGUCGUCACCUGACAAAUUCCUUUCGCGUUUGCGCCUCAGAGAACAUCAUUUUUAAUGAUAUUCGAAAUUCACCGACGCGUUUGGAUCGAACAAAACGGAUGCGAUGAUCAAAGGUAUCAGGCUUGUGGAGAUAUCGCUUGUCGCACGUUCGACGGGAAAGAAGCAAUUUCCCGAUGAUCCUCGAGAAGAGAGGAUAAAAUUGACAUUUCACUUGGUGAAAAUUGACACGCAGUCGGACGCGGAGAAUAGUCCGUCGACGAGUUCGUCGUUGUAGUAUAUUGCAAUAGAAUGAUAUGUCGUGUCUACGCGCGUGAACGCACCGUGAUAUCGAACUGUCGAGAAGACACGCUUGACGAUGGAACUGAAUCCUCUCGUGAGUGGCUCAAGUAAUCGCUAAGUGAGACUUUUACGCGAAACGGAAAGCCGCGUGGCUCAAUCGCGCGAAUUAGGAAGAAAUUUAGGUAAUCUGCACAAAGAGCAUCUCGAGCGUUCGUCUAGAAAGAGAAAAGGAGAGGGAGAGAGAGGGAGAGAAAAGCUAGUUACUAAGCUAAUAACCGCGUUCUCGUAUAAGGGUGGACCCCCUUGAAGAUAAUUUAAGUUCGCGAAAGCAGGUAAUAAUGAGAUCCGAGAGAGAGUGCGCGCGGAGGAUUAAAGCUGUUAGAGAGGUGUAUUUAUUAUGCGAGCAUAUAUUACACGUACACAACACUAUACGUCUCUGUGGAUAAUUAAGUACGCCAUGACAGUAUUAACGUAGCAUGUAAGGUAUAGCAAUAUUUUUUCGCUCAAAGCAAAAGCAACCGAGACCGCCGUUUGUACGACGAUACGUAGGAACACGCUACACAUACUCGCGCGUCGCAGUGUGUGUCACUGUAUGUAUUUAUAUUUCGGUAUACAUAGAGAAAGAGAGAGAAAGAGAGCGAGAGAGUAAGAAUGAGUGAGAGAGAACGGAAGAAAGAAAGAGAGAGGGGGAGAGAGAAAUUACGUAUACAUUACAUACGCUACAUAAAUGAACUUACGCCGUUCCUUCCACGAUAUACAGGGUGAUGUCAAACGCGAGGUA